CUAACGCAAAAGCAAAACAUAUGGAAGCCGGUGCAAGUGAAAGGUUGCUUUAUCUGAAUAAUUAAUACUUAAUAUGUCAAGUUCUUGAAUUAAAUUCAGCACAAAUGCAUCUUAAUGACUUAUUUCUGAGCGGCUGUAACCGGCUGCUUGUCUCUCGGUAAACAGGAAACCUCUCUGUUAGCAGGCUAGGCUAGCUGGGCAGAAAACUUUUAUUAUUUUACCAGCUUUACUUUCGGCUAAAUGACUGAAACAUGUCAUUGUUAUUAUCAUUAUUGAGGCUGUGAAGCUGCCGGCGGCCUGCAGACACACACCUGGAGGCUGUCAGCUCCGCUGAACUCGGGGAGACAUGAGCUCCUUUGGCCCGGCAGAGUUGCUCGCUGGUCUCUGUCACACAGACGACCAGAACCCCUUCCCCGUGUGGCACAAUGGCUCCGUCAGCUCCUGCUUCAACCAGCUGGUCCUCGGAGCCGUGCCUCAUGCCGGGAUGGCCGUUUCCUGCGCCUGCUACCUGGGCAUCCCCAGGUGGAGCCUCCUCCAGACGUCUCCUCCGUGUGGCUGGAGGCUCAGGCUGGCCUCGGCCCUGCUGGUGAUGCUGCUCUUCAUCGCAGACGUCGUCCUCGUGGCUCUUCUCCACCAGGGCGACAUGUUCCUGGACAUCCUGGCCGACGGCUGUGCCAUCCUGGCCUGGCUGGUCCACGUCAGCGCCCUGGUCGUUCUGCAGAGAUCGGCCUUCAGGAGAACCAGAGGACCUCUGCUGCUGCUUCUGCUGGUUCUUCUCUCCGUCCCAAACCUGGUCAUCACCUUGAUGGCGUACUGCCGCUCGGAGGCGUAUUUGAACCUUGCGGAUCCCAUCAGGGUGACGCGGCUCGCGCUUGCCUCUGCCCGGACGCUCCCUAUUCUGAUUUACCUCCUUGCUUUUUCAUUUCCCUGCAUCAGUGACGCUGGGUAUACCUUGCACAUCAACGCUGUGGACGGAUCUCCCCUUGUUCCCGAGAUCACCCACCCAGACACGGGUGAGAUUGUGGCUGAGGACGGCAGCGGCUGUGUCUCCCGGCUCUUCUACCUGUGGCUGAACCCUCUGCUGAGGCGAGGCCAGCGCGGGGAGCUGGACCGACCAUGCCACGUGUAUCACCUUCCCCGGAAACUGCGCACCAGUGUGGUUUGUCGGUACUUCCGCCGGUGCUGGGAGGCCUGCCAGCAGGGGGCAGCGGGCCGAAACAGGGAGGAUGCGUGGCCCAGGCCGGUCAGCAGAAAUCUGGCAAAUGGCACCUGGAGUUCACGCUACCAGGAGGAACCAUUAGAGCUGGAAGGCAAGGUGGGGCUGCUGAGGGUGCUGCACAAGGCGUUCGGGUUGCGGUACUACAUGCUGGGGCUGCUGAAGCUCGUGAGCAACAUGCUGGGCUUUGCGGGGCCCCUGCUCCUCAGCAGCCUGGUGGGCUUCAUGGAGGAGGAGGGCGCUCCUGUCAGCCAGGGCGCCUGGUGCGCGCUGGGGCUCUUCACCACCACCUUGCUCUCGGCCGUCCUCCGCAACGUCUUCGUCUUCGAGGUCUCCAAGGUGGCGUUGUCUGCGCGGGCCUCCCUCGUGUCGGUCAUCUACGGCAAAGCCCUGCGGGUCAGCGGCAGCGGCCUGGCCCGCUUCUCCCUCGGAGAGGUGGUGAACUUCAUGAGCACCGACACCGACCGCAUGGUCAACUUCUUCAACAGCUUCCACGAGCUGUGGAGCCUGCCCGUCCAGUUCUCCAUCGCCCUCUACCUGCUCUACCUGCAGGUGGGCGUGGCUUUCCUCGGAGGGCUGGGCGUGGCCGUCCUGCUCGUGCCGCUCAACAAGUUCCUCGCUUCCCGUAUCCUUGACAACAACAAGCACAUGCUCAGGCACAAGGACAGUCGUGUUAAGGUCAUGACGGAGAUUCUCUUUGGGAUUCGCGUCAUCAAGUUCUACAGCUGGGAGCCGUACUUCGCUCAGAAGGUCGCCGGCUGUCGCAGACAAGAGCUCUCGCGCCUCAAGGCCAUCAAGUACCUGGACGCCGUCUGCGUUUACACCUGGGCCGCUCUGCCCGUCGUCAUCUCCAUCCUCACCUUCGUCACCUACGUGCUGCUGGGACACGAGCUGACCGCGGCCAAGGUGUUCACCACGCUGGCUCUGGUGGGGAUGCUCAUCCUCCCUCUGAACAGUUUCCCCUGGGUGCUCAAUGGCGUCCUGGAGGCCAAAGUGUCUCUGGAGCGAAUCCAGCGCUUCCUCAAACUGGCCAAUCAGGACCUGCAGGCGUACUACAGCCAGGAGCCUCGUGAGGACCCUCAGAGCUCGGUGCUGCUGAGUCGCGCCUCGUUCUCCUGGCAGGCGUGUGACGGCCCCAGCCGACCAGCAGGGGGAGACACGGAGGCCGGAGCUGCCAGAGGGAGUCUGCUGCUGCACGGUCUCAGCCUCAGCAUCCCCGAGGGCUCUCUGGUCGUGGUGGUGGGAAAAGUCGGCUGUGGGAAGAGCUCCUUGCUGGCUGCUCUCACCGGGGAGCUCAACAGGCUCGGCGGUGCGGUGUAUGUUCGGGGCCAGGACGCCGGCUUUGGCCUGGCCUCCCAGGAGCCGUGGAUCCAGCAUGCAACGGUGCGGGACAACAUCCUGUUCGGCAGGGAGUACGAGACGACCUUCUACCAGGCUGUGAUCGAGGCGUGCGCGCUCUCAGACGACCUCAACGUGCUGCCCAGCGGCGACAAGACAGAGGUCGGCGAGAACGGCGUGACUCUGAGCGGAGGACAGAAGGCCCGGCUGGCCCUGGCCCGAGCCGUUUACAUGGACAAAGACAUCUACCUCCUCGAUGAUCCACUCGCAGCGGUUGAUGCCGACGUGGCCCACCACCUCAUGCAGAAAUGCAUCAUGGGAAUCCUCAGGGGCAAGACCAGAAUCCUUUGCACGCACCGCAUCGAGUUUGUGGACAAAGCCGACCUGGUGGUGCUCAUGGACAGCGGAACCAUCAUCAGAACAGGCACACCAGCAGAAAUUCUGCCUUUGGUCGAGGCAGCGCCUAAAAAACAGAAGAAUGACCUCAACACCAAGGAGAAAGAAGGCAUGGAGGAGGAGGAGGUGGAGGAGGAGGAGCCGGGCUCAUCCAAUGAGCUGUGUGCGGAGGAAGGUCCUGACCAAUCAGGGCAGGAGCAGAAGCAGGUGGGCGGGCUCUCCUGGACGGUCUACCGGACCUACUGGGCGUCUGUGGGCGGAGCUCUGGCUGCCUCCGUCCUGACGGCGCUCCUCCUCAUGCAAGCCUCUAAGAACGUGUCCGACUGGUGGCUGUCCCACUGGAUCAACGAGCUGAAGAACAACGGUUCCUCCUCCGGGGCCAAUGGUUCCUCCCCUGCCGCCUACAGCUCCCCUCACCUGCUGCUGUUCUCACCUGGAGGGCUGAUGUCUCCUGUGUCCUCGGUGCUCACGUCGCCUCCAGGCAGCGUGAGCUCGGAGGUCAAGUUCUACCUGACGGUGUACGGCUCCAUCGCCGCGGCCAACACCGUCCUCACCGCCGCCCGGGCCUUCCUCUUUGCCUACGGAGCCGUCUGCGCCGCCACGGUGAUCCACAACCAACUCCUGGACAGCGUCCUGAAGGCCACGACGUCGUUCUUCGACACCACGCCGCUGGGCCGCGUCCUCAACCGCUUCUCCUCCGACCUGUACAGCGUGGACGACAGCCUGCCCUUCGUCCUCAACAUCCUCCUCGCCAAUGUCUUCGGCCUGCUGGGCAUGCUGGUGGUGAUGACGUGCGGCCUGCCCUGGGUCCUGGUGCCGCUGCUGCCGCUGGGCCUACUCUACCACCGCACGCAGCUCUUCUACCGGCACACGUCCCGGGAGCUGAAGCGCCUGUGCAGCCUCACCCUGUCGCCCGUCUACUCCCACUUCUCCGAGACGCUGAGCGGCCUGGGCACCAUCCGGGCGAGCCGCAGCGCCGCCAGGUUCGAGGAGGAGAACCUGAGGCGUCUGGAGCAGAACCAGCGCUGCAUGUUCCUCAGCAACACCGCCAUGCAGUGGCUGGACAUCCGCCUGCAGAUGAUAGGCGUCGCCGUGGUGACGGGCAUCGGGGUGAUCGCCGUCGUCCAGCACCAGUUCAAAUCCAUUGAUCCAGGUCUGGUGGGGCUGUCGCUGUCCUACGCCCUGUCCAUCACAGGGCUGCUGUCCGGACUCAUUUUCAGCUUCACUCAGACGGAGAUGCAGCUGGUGAGCGUGGAGCGGACGGAGGAGUACUCCAGCGGCCUGCCCACCGAACCGCAGCACCAGAACACACAGCUCCCCGCAGCGUGGCCGGAGCAGGGCUGGCUGGAGUUUCGGGGGGCGGUCCUGGCCUACAGGGACGGUCUCCCCAACGCCCUGGACGGGGUGAGCCUGGUGGUGCGGCCCGGGGAGAAGGUGGGCAUCGUGGGGCGAACGGGCUCCGGGAAGUCCACCCUGUUCCUGGCCCUGUUCCGCAUGGUGGAGCUGAACCGAGGCCAGAUCCUGGUCGACGGCCUGGACAUCAGCACCGUGGGUCUGGCUCAGCUCAGGUCGAAGUUGGCUAUUAUUCCCCAGGACCCCUUCCUGUUCGGCGGCAGCGUCCGGGAGAAUCUGGACCCGUAUGGGCGACGCCCGGACCGGCAGCUGCUGGACGUCCUGGAGCAGUGCCACCUCGGCGCCGUGGUUGGCCGGAUGGGUGGCCUGGACGCUGAGGUCGGGGAGAGAGGGAAGUCUUUCUCUCUGGGCCAGAGGCAGCUGCUGUGUCUGGCCAGGGCUCUGCUGACUCAGGCCACCAUUCUGUGCAUCGACGAGGCGACGGCGAGCGUGGACCAGAGGACGGACAAACUGCUGCAGCAGACGAUCAGAGACACGUUCCAGGACAAGACCGUCCUCACCAUCGCCCACAGGAUCAACACCAUCAUGGACUCGGACAGGGUUCUGGUGAUGCAUGCUGGGAAGGUGGUGGAGUUCGACACGCCGGCCGCUCUGUGUCAGUCCGACCGCUCCGUCUUCCAGCGGCUGGUCGCUGGCCGGGGAGAGUGAGGCCGCCCACAGACCGAGAUACUUGUCUUCAUUGUCUUUAUUUAUUAAGUCUUUAUCGAUCCUGUUAAGGCACCAGGAAGCUGCUGCACUCCUGCUCGUCCACAUGAAGGGAGGGAGAGAGAGCGACCGGAGCCGGGAUCUGCAGGCGGCUGCUGAUCUCAGACCGAAGCUGCUGAUCGAUCGUACCUCAUGACGAUGAUCAGGUCGAUCAGCCACUGACAUGAGACCCACGUAGCCGAGAUGAUACAGGACCUGCUCUUCACCGCGGGUCGGCAGUCCAAACCUCAGCGUAACGUUGUCACCUGCUGUUUCCUUUUCUAACAGGUCGCCUCAUGUCA